AGGUGACCGGCGGCUCCCUACCGCCGCUUCCGGAAGGCCGCACGCACCAGCGAGUGGAGUGUCAUCUCUCAGCGGGAGGUGAUCAGAUCUCGCUAUGUCGUUGUUCACCGGUGUUUCUGUCAUCACCGAUGGAAAGCACUGCACCACGUCGGCCGUCGAUACUGGCACGAACAGUGGGUACCACCUGCUUGUGGUCAAAGACUACUUGGGAACCCUACAAGAGAUGCACAACGGCGAGGCGAUCACGUCUGGGCCUUUCAUGAUAGGAGGCCAUCAAUGGUGCAUCCAUUACUGUCCUAACGGUUACGAGCAGAGUUCUACUGACUAUAUUUCUUGCUAUAUUUGCCUUUGCGAUGUCGAUCCUGAAGAGGCUGUGAAGGUGCACGUGGGGUUUAGCUUUGUCGACCAGGUUGAGUAUCAAAAACCGAUGUGCAUUCGUGCAUCUGAGCCACGCAGUUUCUCCACAAAAUUUUAUGGUUGGGGAUCUGAGAACUUCAUGAAAAGAGAUGCCCUUGAACGAUCAACUCAUUUGAAGGAUAAUUGUUUCACCAUCCGGUGCGACAUCAUGGUUUGCAAGGACCCUAACACCCAGGAUGUCGGUGCCACCAUGUCUGACAUAGGUCAGCAUCUUGACUAUCUCCUUCAAAAUAAGGUGGGUGCUGAUGUGACAUUCGAAGUUAGUGGCGAGACAUUCCCUGCACAUCGGUGUGUGCUUGCAGCCCGGUCUACAGUCUUCAUGGCACAACUGUUUGGCCCCAUGAAGGAAGGCACUACGUCAAGUGUCAUACAGAUUAAAGACAUGGAAGCAAAAGUGUUCAAGGAUUUGCUUAGCUUUAUCUACACAGGCUCAUGCCUUGACCUGGAGGAAGACGGCAAAGAAGAGGAAGACGUAGAGCGUGUAAUGUGGCUGCACGACUUGUUUGUAGCAGCAGACAGGUAUGAUCUCCCAAGGCUCAAAUUCUUAUGUGAAGAGCACUUGUCUGAGCAUAUAGGUGUGAGUUCGGUGGCAUCCACUCUUGCUCUAGCUGAGCAACACCACUGCCGCAAAUUGAGGGAGACAUGCUUGAAGUUUAUCCAAGUCCAGUCUCCGCCGUGUUUGGAAAAAGUAAUGGCGACUGAUGGCUGGGAGCAUAUAACUACAACCUAUCCCUCUGUUUUGAAUGAGCUCAUUGCCAAGCUUGCAUCAAAUCAGAAGGACAAUAAGAGGAAGCGGUAGAGGAUGUAAUGUGGCUGGAAGUAACACUAUUAUAUGUGAUUGGAUCGUCUAUGUAGAUGGUAGUUUGCGUGUCUGUAAUGCAUGCAAGACCUGAAGUAACAUUUUCGUUUCACCAUGUCAUUUGCCUAUAUGUUGGAUCUUUGUUGAACUGGAAAGGUCGAACAUAUGGCAAAUGGCAAAUAUUGAAUUGGAUGGUCUCAGUUUUAGGUGAUCUGUGCGAAGUCUCUUGCUAGUCUUUCUUUUGUUGCUUUGUGCCUUCGCUGUCAUGUAAAAAAACCUUUUCUAGUGGUUAUCAAGUACUAUGCCAAUGUUA